AUGAAAUUCAAGUUUGAAAAGCGAAACGAGAAGACACCAGGCCACCCACACGCGGCCCACGGUGUCGAGCUCCGGGUGGCUUGGGCCCGGGUUUUCAAGGCUAUUAUCGACAUCACGUGUGAGCCGUCGACUCGUGACAAGCCUCAAAACAAGAAAGCUUUUGAGAGGAUGCCCUCGGCUGCAUUUGAGGAUCUGGUCAAAGUCUGGUCCAAAAGCGAUGCGUCUGGCGGGUCCUGCUGCCCGCUGGCUGCUGAGGGCAUUGGCAAGCUGCUCCUUUCCACAGGGAUCACACCAAGUGAUGCAGGUCUGCAGAAAUGGAGGACGCUGUGCUCCGGCGAGGACAUCGGGGCUAGUGGAAGAUAG